AUGGACAGAGAUUGUGCAGCUCACAUCAUGAAUGAACAGGCAAACAAUUUGAUUGUAAGUACAGGAGCCAUGGCAAAGUUCAAGCAGCUGCUUACCAGUAGCAUCCACGAAAGCCAUGUGAGACAAAAGAUCUGUACAAGCUUAGAAAGAAGUCAGAUGAGCUUGUACAUAGUUUUGACUGCAAAACAUCUUUUCGAUAGAGUCCAAAGGAGCAUUCCUACACACACUCAAGCAAUCGAUCAUGCCAUGCUGUGCAAAGUGGACAGGUACAUUAUUGACAGAAAGACUAGGGAGGCUGAAAAGGUGCUUCGAAACGAAUACCUGGUUUUUAUAGGAUGCACCAUAAUAGCCUCUAAGAUGUAUAUGGACUUUUCAUACACAAACUUCUCAUGGGUUGAGGUUUGCAAUCAUACAGUUGAUCAGAUAAACUUUACAGAAAGACAGAUACUGCAGAUAUUGAACUAUGAUGUGUGCCUGAACUGGAUUGAGCUGAAGAUGAUUUAUGAUGAGCUUGGGUGCAGUCAAAUCACGCCCACAAAGAUCAGGAAACGCAAAGGAUUCUUCAAAUGGGCAUUCAGGUCACUGUUUCGUUUAGUUUCAUGCAUCAAUUAG